UGUCGGGUGCCGGGUAACGGGGGCGGCAGCGGCGCGUGUUUCCGGAGGACGUGGCGGCGGAGUCAGAGUCAGAAACAGAGCGGGCGACGCCGAUGAGAGGCAGCGGCCGCCACCAUGAUCUCGCUCACGGACUCGCAGAAAAUUGGAAUGGGCUUGACAGGAUUUGGUGUGUUUUUCCUGUUCUUUGGCAUGAUCCUGUUCUUUGAUAAGGCACUCCUUGCGAUAGGAAAUAUUUUAUUUGUGGCAGGUUUAUCCUUUGCAAUCGGUUUAGAAAGAACGUUCAGGUUCUUCUUCCAGAAACACAAAAUGAAAGCCACUGGUUUCUUUCUAGGUGGAAUUUUUGUGGUACUCCUUGGCUGGCCUGUAAUAGGCAUGGUACUCGAAAUUUAUGGAUUUUUUCUUUUAUUCAGGGGGUUCUUCCCAGUGGUGGUUGGCUUUAUUAGGCGAGUGCCUAUAUUAGGCUCCAUUAUGAAUUUACCUGGAAUAAGCUCAUUUGUAGAUAAAGUUGGAGAAAGCAACAGCAUGGUAUAACAGAAACUGGAUGGACAACUGCUGCAGAAGUAUGCUGUAUAAUAUAUUUAUAUGGUUCACCUCAGAUGAACAUUUCUAAAUUUAUAUUUUACAUGUUAUCUGUCUAGGAAGAAAUAAAACUUGAUAACAUUCUUUGUAUUAAAAUAUUUUGUUUGGAGCAGAAAGGGGUAGCCAUUGCAAUUAAUUUGAUUUAUUGUGAAUUCUACUCAUCCCCUCAAAAUGUUAUACAUGCCUCUGUGACGGGUACUUGGUACCACACUUCCUCCAGCAGAAAGGGCCGCACCACCAUCCCUGUUCAAUGAUCAGCCGGAAGGAGUAAGAUCUUAAACAGGGAGAACUGGACCAAGCAAGACAAACCAAGAAACGACAUCUUGCUCGGCUCCAUUGGACUUUGUUCAACCAAGACGAGAAAAUCUGAUACGCUUUGAAGGAUUCAUUUCUGGUUUGCAAAUCAGGCGAUGGAUUGCUUGAAUGGGCAUGCCUCGACUCAUUGAACACCCAUACAUAUAUUGUCUGACCUUGUCUUUUGCAGAAAAAUAACUAGCAAGCACCCGUGUUUGUCUUGCCCCACUUACCUAUGCUGCUCCCCCCGUUACUUCUGUUCAUAUCAUUGUGCCUUGUGUUAUAUCUGCAAUCCCCUCUGUAAAAGGCCUCGGUUAUUGGUGAACUUUUAUCUUUGUGACUGCCUCAGUAGGCAGGAUUUUCAUAUAAACGAACACCUCUGGUUUAUUAUGUGCUGGCAGAUGGUGUUUAUGGGUACUUAAGUUUUAUAGAGGUUACCUUUUCAAACAUUACAUGCUUUGGUGUUUAAAUGUUUGUAAAUAAAUCUUUGAAUCAAAUUAUUAUCACAGGAUUUUUAAUGAAAUGUUCCCUUAAUAUGUGGAUUCCUAGGACAAAAUAUCAGUAUAUGUUAAUGUAACAACGAGGAAAUGUAGGUGCUGGUUUACACAAAAGAACACAAAGUGCUGGAGUAACUCAGUGGGUCAGACAGGAUCGCUGGAGAACAUAGGGAGGUGGUGUUUUGAGUCAGGGCCCCCCUUCAGUCUGAAGAAGAAUCCUGACCCAAAACGUUACCUAUCCAUGUUCUGCAGAGAUGCUGCUUGAAGCGCUGAAUCCUAGCGCUCUAGUACUUUGUGUCCUUAUCAGUUUGUGUUGCUUGUAAGUGAAGUUUGCCAAUGGAAAGAAAUGUUUCUUUUUUUAAAUGCAAAAAUAAUUAAUAGUAUGACUUCCAAUGGCAUUGGUGCUGUACCUGACCAGAGAAUUCUGGGAGAAACCAAUAUUACUGAUAUUUUAGAAAUAGUGACUGAUAACUAUCUUGAAAUCAGAAAUUCUACUUAAGUUAAAAGUGCAACGAGAAAGCAAACGAUAUUGGUUUAAUACCAGUACAUGUUGACUUGGCAACUUUGGUAACCACGUCAAAGCAUUAAGUAGAAACAAAGAACUACAGAUGCUGUUUUAUAGCCAAAGAGACUCAAAGUACUGGAGUAACUAAAAAUGAAAUAUCCCAUAUGGUACUUCAUGCUGUGGAAAUACACUUAUUUGAUGCUUUGACCGACACAGUGUGUUGGGGUAACGCAUCGAGUCAGGCAGCAUAUCUGCAGAAAAAGGAUGGGUGACGUCUCGGGUUGGGACUGAGUCUGAAGAAGGGUCCCGACCUGAAAAGUCACCCAUCCUUUUUCUCCAGAGAUGCUGCCUUGACCCGAUGCAUUACCCCAACACACUGUGCCGGUCAAAUCAUCAAAUAAGUGUAUUUCCACAACAUGAAGCACCACAUGGGAUAUUUCAUUAACAACUGCACAGGCUAAUUACUCAAACAGACUCGUAAACCACUAUGGACAAGUUAACCAUGAAUGAUACCAUGGGUGAGGGUGUAAAAGUUUUCUUUAUUCUCUGGGAAUAUAGUUGCAUAAUUCUGUAUAUCACACUAAAAAAUCCUAGUUUUAAUGCAAUGUAGGUUUUUUUUUUGUAAUGUACAUGAAAACCACUAAACAAGUCCGAAUUGCAAUUCCUUCAAUUCCACUGUCAACCUUGAAAAGAAGUCAAUGCAUUGUGUAUCUUUUGUGAACAUGUCCAGAAUUUGGGAUUCUGUCAAGUUUCCAGGUUGCAGAAAGGAAAUAAAUAUUAUUAAUGGCCA